AGACUUUUAUUUGUAGAAAGUGAUAGAUCGAGAGGCACCGGCCACUCUUCAUUUCUACACCACUACUAAAACAACCUUAUUAUCAACAUCUACUAAGCUCCUGAUAUCAUCGAAAUUCUCUACGAAACCAGCCGCAGUUUUGCACACUCCUCCAAAGAUUGAGAUAUCGGAGGAUGGCAUGACCGUGGAAGAUGUUACGGAUUAUCCAGAACCGACAAUGCCAUUUAUAGACAAGAACACUCUGCUAAAGGACAAGUUCGAAAACCCUCGCGAUUGGCGUUUGGACGAUAGAACAAUCAACGAUACCGAUAUGUUCCCCGAAAAGCAAGUAGCCUGCUCCAACGCCACUAUCAUUGCCGUGAGGGCUAGGAUUCUCUCAGAAAACUGA